AUGUCGGUUCACUACGUGACGUACAAAGGCAUUAAAUUCCCCCCUGCCUACAACUCUGAGCACAGCUUGAGUUUUGCCCACAACGAGUUCUUGGUGCGGGAUGAUGAUGUCUUCAACGUCACCUACCCCAAGUCUGGCACUGUGUGGAUGACUGAGAUCUUGAGCCUCAUUCGCAGCCGUGGCCACCCCAGCUGGAGCCAAACCGUCCUCAAUUCUGACCGUAUGCCUUGGUUCUCCACCCGUCUGGGCCUGGAGGCAGCCCUCAGCUACCCCUCACCUCGUCUGCUGACUUGCCACCUCCCCAGGCACAUCUUCCCCAAGUCCUUCUCCCAUUCCACUGCCAAGGUUAUUUACACCCUACGGGAUCCUCGAGAUGUCGUUGUCUCCUACUACUACUUCUCCAAGAUGUGCAGCAGCUAUGAGGACCCCAUGUCCUUUGAGCAGUUCCUGAGGGACUUUCUCAGUGGAGAGUUGCCCCAUGGCUCCUGGUUUGAACACGUCCAAGGCUGGAUGGAGAUGAAGGACCAGGAAAAUUUCUUCUUCAUCACCUAUGAAGAGCUGAAACAGGACCUGCAGGGCAGUGUGAGACGCAUCUGCCAGUUCUUGGGACAGGAUUUAGAUGACGAUGCUGUCUCCUCGGUAGUUCGAAAUGCCUCCUUCUCAGCCAUGAGGGAGAACCCCAUGUGCAGCUCCGUCCUGCUCCCUGCGGACAUCAUGGACCAGACUAAGGGCCAGUUCCUGAGGAAGGGCAUCUGCGGGGACUGGAAGAACCAUUUCACAGUGGCACAGAGUGAGACCUUCGACAGGAUCUAUCAGGACAGGAUGCAGGGCCUGAACAUGGCCUUUCCUUGGGACAGACAUUAG